AUGACGAAGACUAGCUGCUUCUCACACGUUCUUCCUCACUCCAAACAAGCAGCUAGAAAGCCAGUAAACCAUGGUCCAACACUACUAAUUCAUGGUGGAGCAGGCAAAAUUGUAAAAAAGAGAAUUCCAUGCGAGGAAAUUCCCGAUGACCAAAAGAAGGAAUAUUUGCAGGCAAUGAAGGAGGCAUUAAAGGUUGGAUGUGAUAUUCUGAAAAGAGGCGGAAGGGCCGUUGAUGCAGUCGAGGCUGCUAUUAGGGUUAUGGAAGACUGUCCGCUGUAUAAUGCUGGAAAGGGAGCCGUGUUUACACGUAGUGGCAAGAAUGAACUCGAGUCUUCUAUUAUGAUUGGUACACCCUCUCAUCCUGCAGGUGCCGUCACGCUGCUCCGCACAGUCAAAAAUCCCGUGGUUCUGGCCAAGACCCUCAUGCUUGAUCCGGAUAAUUAUCAAGUGUUCUUGGGCGGAGAGGGGGCAGAGGAGUAUGCAAAGGAAAAAGGCUUGGAGCUGGUUGAUCCAAGCUAUUUUUGGACUGAAGCCAGAUGGAAGGAGCAUCUCGAAGGAUUGGGUAAUGAAGGGAAAGAUGAAGGGAAAAAACGUGAUGGUUGUUGUGGAGACAAGAGCGAAAGCGACAAUGCUGAUAAUAGCUUGCCAAGUUAUGAUGAUGCGGUUAACGAAAGAAGAACGGAAAAUAAUACAAAACGUGAGCUAGUAGGCAGCAAUGGAGACUGGUUCUACAUGAAUUCCAUGGGCACGGUCGGUGCAGUUGCUGUAGAUUUCGAUGGAGUUAUUGCUGCUGCCACUUCAACUGGCGGUAAAAACAACAAGAGUGAUGGUCGCAUAGGAGACUCACCAUUGAUAGGUUGUGGUACUUGGGCUGAUAAUGAAACGUGUGGCGUAAGCGGGACCGGCGAGGGAGAGUUUCUCAUUCGUUAUACACUAGCAAGGGGAAUAGCGUCACGCAUGGAGCAUCUUAAUGAAACAGUUGAGCAAGCGACCUCAGCAAUGAUUGAUCUUUUAAGCAAAGUUGGUACAGAAGCAGGCGUGGUUGCAUUAGAUAAAUAUGGAAAUUUUACAAUACAAUAUAAUACAUCUGGAAUGUUCCGUGGGUUUAUCAGAGUCUCGGACGAAAUACCUCACGCAUACAUCUUUCCUGACGACGUGGACGACUGA